AUGGGGUGGGCGGCGCGGUUCCUGACGGCGGUCUCCUUCCUCGCCGCGGGCGUCCUCUUCGCGCCGGACGCGCUCCUCGGCGCCAGCCCCGGCCGCCCCGCCGCGGGCGUUGCGGCGGCGAGGCUCGCCCACCUCCUCUGCUUCGCCACCGCCUGGGGCGCCGCGCUCUGGGUCACCUUCAUCGGCGGCAUCGUCAUGUUUAAGAAUUUGCCAAGGCACCAGUUUGGGAAUCUACAGGGCAAGAUGUUCCCAGCCUACUUCAUGUUGAUAUCAGUGUGUUCAGCCAUAUCGGUAGCAGCAUUUGCAUACCUCCACCCAUGGAAGACAGCUUCAACUAUUGAGCGUUACCAGCUGGGAUUCGUUCUUGCGGCCCUUGGUUUUAACCUCUCCAAUCUUCUGGUCUUCACCCCCAUGACCAUCGAGAUGAUGUUGAAGAGGCACAAGAUCGAGAAGGACCUUGGCAUCGGCAGCGAGGUGGGUGGUUCGAGGAAUUCCGACGUUGCGAAGAUGAGUCCCGCGCUUGCGGCGAUGAACAAGAAGUUCGGGAUGAUCCACGGGCUGUCGUCGCUGGCAAUCAUCAUGGCGUUCGGCAGCCUUGCCAUGCACUCCUGGCAUCUCGCCAGCAAGCUCAAGCUGUGACUGGGGCUGAAGGUCAAGUACCUCCAUGAGUCCAUGUUAUGACCCCUCUUCUCAGCGGGUGGAAGGAGCUUAUUAUAGUCUAGGUUGAUUAGAGCUAAUGAAAGAGUCAGUGUGCAAACUCUGAACCUGCGUGAUGUGGCAUUUGAGGGUAAUAAAACAGAGUGCAUGGAGUGUCUCCCUGAUU